AUGAAGAAGAUCGAAAUCCCGACUGUUCAUCAUACUGCUCGUUUGGCUCGUGGAGGUGCUAAACUGUUGUUGUGGCUCAAGUAUUAUGUGCCAGUUCUUGGAUGGUUCCCAAAUUACGAUGUGAAACGUAACUUGCUAGUUGAUUUCAUGGCUGGACUGACUGUAGCUUUUCUGCUCAUACCUGGAGGACUCGCUUACAGUGCUCUCGUCCAAGUUCCUCCGGUCUAUGGGCUCUUGACUGGAUUUGUACCUUUGGUCGUCUACUCAUUACUUGGCAACUCGAGGCAACUUUCUCUCGGUCCCGAGGCUCUGGUUUCAACUCUAGUCGGUGCAGCUAUAGCAGAAUACAAUGCAGGAGUCCAUGGUCACCAUGCAAGUCUCAAUCCUGGUAGCAUGGCAUCUGCUGAGAACGUCGCAACUGCAUCCUUGUUGUGUUUCAUGGUUGGCCUAUGGACAUUUGCACUGGGUGUAUUCAGACUUGGGUUUCUCGACUCUGUCAUAUCUCGGCCACUCUUACGUGGCUUCAUAACAGCUAUAGCAGUAGUAGUCGGCAUUGAAAUGUUGGCCACCCUACUUGGUCUGCCACGUCAUGAAUCCGCUACUGUGGGUCCGCCACCAUCAACAAUGGACAAGUUAUGGACUGUAUUGACGCACCUGCCCAGUUCCCAUGUUCCAACAAUCAUAAUCUCAGUGUCAUCGAUCGUAUUCUUAUUGCUAUUGAAAGUCAUCAAGGCCUGGUAUGCAAAGACUAGACGAUGGUUGCAUCUGUUUCCAGAGAUACUGGUACUUGUCGCCGUUUCGACUAUCUUGAGUGCUGUGUUCAGAUGGGAUUUGGCUGGUGUUGUGGUAUUGAAGGAUGUGCAAGGUGGUGUCGUCGCACCUGCAUUGCCUGUGAUAUCGCUUACAAAGAUCAAGUCUCUAUUGUUGCCCUCCAUUCUGAUUGCAGUAAUUGGAUUUGUAGAGAGCAUUGUGGGAGCAAAGUCAUAUGCUGCAAAGCAUCACUAUCCAGUGUCACCCAAUCGAGAACUUGUUGCACUGGGAAUGGCAAAUCUCAUUGGUUGCUCAUUUGGAUCAUGGCCUUGCUUUGGAAGUCUGGGUAGAACUGUCGUUAAUGACGCUGCCGGUGCUAAAACACAAAUGUCGGGUCUCAUCACCGGAUUAUUCACAUUCACAACUUCAAUAUGGCUUUUGCCAUACUUUUACUUUUUGCCAAGAGCUGUCUGCUCUGCAAUCAUCAUAGUCGCUGUUGGCAGACUAGUUGAAUGGGAUGAUGUUCGUUUCAUUCUGAGGUUGCAAGCGUGGAGUGAUUUAGGACUGUUGCUUCUUACAUUCGCCACGACUGUUUUUGUAUCAAUUGAAGCUGGAACUCUCAUAUCCGUUGGAGUAUCACUUUUGCUGGUCGUCAAGCAGAGCACCAAGACACGGAUAUCAAUACUAGGCAUGACACAUGUCGUAGACCCAGACACUGGCAUAGUAAAACCCAAAUUCAGGUCCAUCCAAGAACAUCAUCAUGCAGAGCGGAUUCAGGGAUGUCUUGUAAUUCGAGUUGAAGAAGGUCUCUUCUUUGGAAACUCUGGAUCGCUUCCGCAAUUGCUCCGACGUGUUGAAGCACAUGGAGAACUUGGCGUCCAUCCGGGUGAAGCACCGAAACCAAGGAUUGGAAAGACUGCAUGGUCGAGAAGCCUUAGAGUACAACUAGACCCUCAAGAUGGAACGUUUGCUUCUCCUGAUUCUAGCCCUGCAUUACCUAUCAGGGAUGAAAUUGUAGUGCCUGCUAGUGGUGAACUUGCUGAAGUUACAUCAUUGGUUUUGGAUGUGGAAAGCAUGACGUUUAUUGAUGCAAGUGCCACUCAAGUCUUGCUGGAACUUGUUCAUAACUAUCAGCAACGAGAUAUAGUGAUAUGCUUUGUCAAAUUACGUGAUGCGUGCAAAUCAAACUUUGUACGAUCUGGAAUAUACGACUUGAUUGGACCAUCACGCUUCUUUGUCAAGACUCGUGAUGCUCUAGUCUAUCUCUCUGAUUCGCAACUUAUACCAUCGAUACCCUCACUUACUACAUAUGUCAAAACACCAACUGUCACUGCUUCAUCAACAAAUCAUUAUAAACCUCGAAUGAACCACGAAUCUCGAACAGACGAUUCCAACUCCUCAACCUCAUAUCAUAGUGCUCCCGCUCCUCCACAUGACCCUUCCUCUUCUUCUUACUAUUUAGCAGUGCCAUCUUCAACUGCAGCCGCUGCUUCUACCAGACGAAUACCUGGACCAGGACCAUCAUCCUUGUCUGCAUCACGACCAGAAUCAUUUGCCUAUAGCUAUGCUUCUGAGAUAAUGAGUAUACAUGACGAUACUGAUUCAGAUGAUGACGAUGUUCGUGGUGGAGAUGACGGGGAUGGUGAAAAUGAGGAUGAUCGAAGGAAUGGUGGUCGGCCUUUCAAGGGUAAACGCACGUAUCAACAGCCAUCGCCCUCGCCAUGGUAG